UUUGAAUCCCAAUACACCUUUGCGACCAUGAGCUUUAACUUUGGCGGCGCGGCCGGCGGCGCGACGGGCUUCUCCUUCGGCAACACGGCCUCGGCGGCUCCGGCGGCUGGUGCCACGACGGGCUUCUCCUUUGGCAGCACGGCGUCCGCGGCGCCGGCGGCCCCGUCGGCGGGCGCGACCACGGGCUUCAGCUUCGGCGCGGCCGCGACCCCAGCUGCAGCGUCGACGACGGCGCCUGCUGCGUCGACUGGCUUCACGUUUGGCGGCAGCGCACCCGCGGCGUCGGCGACGUCCGCUGCUCCAGCUACGACUGGCUUUGCCUUUGGGGCUUCGGCGACGCCCGCCGCCGCCAGCACGACGACGCCCUCGACAGGUUUUGCGUUUGGUGCCCCUGCGGCCCCCGCGGCUGCGUCCACGGAGAAGCCUGCACCUGGCUUCGCGUUUGGUGGUACGGCCCCGGCCUCGAUGACCCCUGCCUCGACGGGUUUCGCGUUCGGUGGCGCGAGCACGCCUGCCGCGACCGCAGACAAGCCUGCUGCCUCGACGGGCUUCUCUUUUGGUGGCUCGAGCACCACGACAGCGCCUGCGACGACCAGCGCGGCGCCUGCGACGACUGGCUUUUCUUUUGGUAGUUCUGCUGCUCCUGCGACGCCGGCUGCCACGGAUGCGAAGGCGCCUGCCUCGACUGGCUUUUCUUUUGGCGGCUCGACACCGGCUACAACGGAUGCGAAGGCGCCUGCUGCGACUGGCUUCUCGUUCGGCGAUGCGGCCAAGCCGGCGACGCCGGCUGCUACGCCCGCGGCUACGGGCUUCUCGUUUGGUGAUGCGGCCAAGACGCCGGCCACGACAGAGACGAAAGCGCCGGCGCCGGGCUUUUCGUUUGGCGCGACUGCAGACAAGCCGGCGGCAACCCCCGCGCCAGCCACUGGUUUCUCCUUUGGUGCGUCGGCGGUAAAGGCAGCGGACGACAAGCCUGCGGCCCCGAGCUUUAGCUUUGGCGAUGCCAAGACGACGGCGACCACGACGACGGAUGCGGCCAAGCCGGCCGAUGCAAGCGCGGCGACAACAACGGCCCUGCCCGCCGAGUACAAGGACAAGACGGUCGAGGACAUUAUCAACAUGUGGAGCGAGCAGCUCGAGAACCACGCGAUGGCCUUCACGAACGAAGCUGUGCGCGUGAGCCACUGGGACUCGGAGCUCAUGGAAAACCAAAAGAAGCUGGGCGACCUCGCGAUUGACGUCCGUCGGCUGCAAAUGGCGCAGAAGGAGCUCAACGCGAACCUCGACACGAUCAGCGCAUACCAGCUCGAGCUCGACUCGACGCUCGAGACGCUCGAGUCGAGCGUGGACAAGCUCUUUGAGAACCACCGGCAGAUUCCGGACACGGCCGACAUUGAGCGUGAGCAAGGGCUGCAGCUCUCGGUGGACAUUGACAACCAGCUCUCAAUGAUGUCGACGGCGCUCAAGGAGACGAUCGACCGGCUCAACCUGUCGCAGGCGCAGGAAGACGAGAGCGCGAACCCGAUGGCGCAGAUCCUCAAGGUGCUCAACGUGCACCACAACUCGCUCGUCUGGAUCGACGGCAACGCGACCAAGCUCGCGACCGACAUGGCCACGAUCGCCAAGAAGCUCCAGCAGUAAUUCCUAACAAUCUCUAUCAACUAACACGUUUUCCAUUCGCUUGUAUUGCGACGAACCCA